AUGCCGGACUCUCCAAGGGCCGCUUACCUCGUCAUCCUGUAUGUUGCUGCUCUCCUUGGCAUCAUCUUCCGUGCUGACGCACUGUCAGACCGACGCCUAUCUGUAUCCCAAUUCAUAUCUUCGUCCCCGAGUCCGAUUGACAUAGAAAUGUAUUACUCACGAGCCGAUCCGAACAAGUCGGUUGAGUGUUUCAACUUUACGAUCAACAACUCCGGCUCGGGCAGCGAGAUCAUCGAUUUCGGUGAUAUCCCGAGGUACCUGCAGCACCACCAGAUCUCUAGCCCACCACCAAUUCACUCUUCGAUUGAUAGAGAAGUUCGUGUCGGCCAGGCAAGUGCAUAUGGACAGGGACCUGCCAACGCGGGAGUUGGAGCUGUUGAUAGAUGUCGCAUCAUUUACGAGUGA